AUUAUUGAUUUUGAUUAAUGUCAUUGAUGAACAUGACACCAAACAGAGCAUGCAUUAACACGUGUUGUAUUUAUUUAUUUUAAAUUUUUUAUAACUCAAAAUUAUAUCUUUAGUGGAAUAAAUUUUUGAAAUAUAAAAAAAAAAUAACACGUUAAUUUAAAAAAUAAACUGAAAAUGACAACAGAUUCAUCAGACAAUCAGAUAGCAACAACGCCUAAUUUAAAUUUAAUUAAUAAAAAUUCAAAUAAUGAUACUGACACAAGUAAUUUAAGUAAAAGGCAGCUCAAAAAAAUAAGGAAAAGAGAGAAAUGGCUCGCACAAAAACCAGAAAAAAGACGUAAAGAGCGAUUAAAAACAAAAGAGAAACGGGCUUUUGCUCGGGCAAAUAACAUAGAUCUUGGACCUUCAAGAAAAGAAUUAAAAAAAAGUACCAUGGAAAAUAGCACUUGUCGAUUAACAAUUACUAUCGACAUGUCAUUCGAUGAUUUAAUGAUUGACAAAGAUAUUGCUAAACUUGUAAAGCAAAUACUGAGAUGUUACACUCUGAAUAGGCGAGCACUUGCACCAGUACAAUUUUCAUUGACAAGCUUUAAUAACAAGUCGAAAGAACAAAUGGAGAAACACAACGGCUAUCAACAUUGGGAUGUUAAAUUUUAUGGAGAAUCAUACUCAAAGGUAUACAGUGAUAAAAAAAUAAUUUACCUUAGCAGUGAAUCGGAAAAUAUUAUUGAUAACUUAGACGAAGAUUGUGUGUAUGUAAUCGGUGGUUUAGUAGAUCAUAAUUGCCACAAGGGUCUAUGCCAUAAACUUGCUGUUGAAUCGGGUAUUCAACAUGCUCGAUUACCACUAGAUAAAUUUUUAAAAAUGAAAGCUAGAAAAGUUCUCACUAUAGAUCAUGUCUUUGAAAUUUUAUUGAGAAUGACAGAGGGGAAAACGUGGCAGGAAACAUUUCUUCAAGUAUUACCAAUGCGAAAGAAUGCCGAACUGGUGUCGGAAGCCGAGGAAGAAAUGGAUUCAUCAAAUGAAAGUAAUGAAUGUCAGACUGAUGUUUGAAAAUUGUACAUAAUAUAUAAAAAUAAUAAUAAUAAUAAUGAUCUAAGAUGAUAAAAAUUUAUUUCGUUUUUUCAUUUUUUUUAAAAUUUACAUUAAUGAAUUUUAAAAAGGGGUACAAUCCGAUGAUACUUUUAUUAAACACGCCCACACAUGCGUGUAUAUACAUAUUUUUUAAAUUCUCAUUUUAAUAAUUACACAAAGUGUAGAAAUAUAAUUUUCAAGCAUACGAAUCACUGUUAAUCUAUUACAUUAAGCACUUAUUUAUUAUUAUUAUUGUUGUGUUGUUAAAUUAACAUGAUUUUUAAAUUUCGAGAAUAGGCCAAUCUCACUCAUAAUAUCUAUCUUACUUUAUUUUUACAGUAAUAAAUAAAUAUUAGUAAUACAUACAAUUUCUGUAAAUUCUCUCUGUAAUCUAGUUAUUAGUAUACAUUUUUUUUUCUUUUUAUCAAUCUCUUACUAAGUAUCCAGUGUUAAAGCUUUAAAAAAUUAAAAUUCACAAGAAUCGUUAAAAUAUAAUACAAAUGAGAUAAAAUAAUUCUAUUAAAUAUGUUGUAAAAUGAUAUUUGAUGUACAUGGUUUCUAUUGCUGAUUUAAAAAACUGCGUUUAAAUUUAUUUAAGUGAACAGAGUUUUCGGUAAAGAGAUAAAAUUCAUAGAUUCUCUUAAAGUCCUGCUCAAAAGAUAACGUAUGUUUAUGUAUAUAUAUAAUACAUAUAUACAGUGUGAUAUGAAUUUUUAGUGAAUUGUUGAGAAAAAUAUAGAAGAAAAAAAAUAAAAUAAAAA